CUUCAGAUGUGAAGAUAGUUGGGGAGGGUCAAUUCGUGAGGGAUCCAAGGUUAUGGCAAAUCAGAGGCCAACCAUAACUCUGUUUGUGAUCAAUUUUGAUCUUCACCAAACUAGAGUCUGUGACAUUGAGAGACACUUUGAGCCUUAUGGAAAAAUCCACAAUGUUUGGAUUCGGGGAAAUUUCGCUUUAAGUCCGUUUGAAACUCAGGAAGAGGCAACAAAAGCUUUAGAGUGCACUCACAUGGGCAAGAUACUCGAUAGGGUGGUAGAGGGAAGAUAUGUUUGACAUCCCCACAAACUAUGGCAUGCUUGGGGGAAUGGAAAUCCCUUCUCCAUAUAGAACGUCACCAAGCUCAAUGUAUCGCAGAAAUCGAUCCAGCCCUAAUUACGGAUGUCCUCGCAGUCCGGUCUGUGACAGGUAUAGUAGCCCCGUGUAUGAGCAAGCCAAGAGCCCUGACUAUGG